AUGUCAGUGGUAUUUGACAGAAAGGCUGGGGAAAUUGGAGGAGAUGGUUGGAACCUGAUGGAUACUCAAGAGAGAUCCAAAUGCAGUGGGAGAUCUCGAGGUUUGGUGUGGUACAUUGGAACUGCAGCGUGCCUGGGGCUGCUGUAUCUUCUUCUGCUGGUUGUGAUCUUAAGCUAUGUGGUCAACAAUGACAAAGCCACCAGUCCUCAGGGCACUGACCAACUGCAAUUUUUCACACUUGGUCAGACCGAGUGUGAAAACCUGACUCUUCAAUGGAUCCAGUUACAGAAGCGCUACAACAAGUUGUCAGAAAGCACACAGCAGCUACAGACCAUGUUCAGUUCGAAGAAUGCAGAGCUAGAUGCGAUCAGAGAUGAGAGAGACCAACUGAAGAUGGAUACCAGAAACCUGACUAAAGAGAUGGAAAACCUGACUCUUCAAGGGAUCCAGUUACAGAAGCGCUACAACAAGUUGUCAGAAAGCACACAGCAGCUACAGACCAUGUUCAGUUCGAAGAAUGCAGAGCUAGACGCGAUCAGAGAUGAGAGAGACCAACUGAAGAUGGAUACCAGAAACCUGACUAAAGAGAUGGAGCUGCUUCAGAGCCGAUUCAACACUGUGGUUACGAUGCGAGAUGAGUUACAAGAGGAGGUCAAAAGGUUGAAUCUCAACAGAACAGAAAAACUUUGUCCCGAUGAUUGGAAAAAAUACAACAACAAAUGCUACUAUGUCUCGGCCCAAAGAGUGAGCAAAAGCUGGGACAAAAGCAAAAAAGACUGUGAAGACAGAGGAGCUCAUUUGGCGAUUAUAAACUCACGAGAUGAACAGGACUUUGUCAGCAAAUUCUACGACCGAACCUGGAUAGGUCUGUCUGACAAAGACUUAGAGGGCCACUGGAAGUGGGUGGAUGGGACUGACCUGGUAGGUGACGGAUACUGGCAAGAAGGGGAGCCCAACAAUGAUCGUAAUAUUGAGCACUGUGCGGAGGUCUCGAGAAAAGGGGGUGGAUGGAAUGACAUGCCUUGUUCUGAAAGGUUAUCAUGGGUUUGUAACCUUCCAUUGUGAAGUCAUACAAGUUUGUCUUUUGGUUUAUGGUGUUAAGUUUCACAUUGUACAGUGCAUCACAUAUUUGCAUAUUCAAGUCCAUCUUCUCUCUUAAUGUCAUUUGCAGUCAUUUGCCAGUGUUGUUGUCUGGGCUCUUUGCUGAGUCCACUAACUGUAUAUAAAUAUGGACAA